AAAAAAAAAAAAAAAAUUACCAACGGUCAUAAAAUUAAAUUCUCUAUAAAUAGACAUGCAUUUUGAUAUGUUUUGAUAUAAUUUCGUAAUCACCUAAAAUCCUCCACUUUUUUAUUUUCUUAAGCAUUUUAAAUUUGUAGAAGAAUAUAUUUGUUGCAAAACAUCCAUAUUGAGAAUCUUUUAAUGGAUCCAAACAACCCAAAUUUCCGUCAACAAUUUUCUGGUUUUAGUGAUGAUUUCCUAACUAAUCCCGAGUUUCAAUUGUUCUUGCAAAGAAUGGGCAAUACGUCUUUGCAACCACCUCCACAGUAUCAGACACCUACUCAGUUUCCCCUACGAAACCAUGUUAAUGAAGAAUGUACACCUGAAAUUGAACAUGAUAGCAACACACAAUUCGAUGAGAGCGAAGAAGACAACGUACCAGAGACGCCGCAAUAUCCUCCACCAGUUCCCGAACUGAAAUCCAACCAGGUUGUUGCACGAGCGACUCAAAUUUGGUCAGUUGCGGAAGAUGAAACUCUGAUUGGGUUGUACUUGGAGAUCAGCGAGAAUGCUAUUAAAGGCACGAGCCAGAAAGCAACUUCCCUUUGGCGCGAUGUACACGCAGCAUAUCAACUUGCUCAUGCGGAGAAGCCGCAUAUACUUCCACCAAGACCUAUGAAGAGUCUGACGUCGCACUGGAGAAGGUUGGCAGCAGACACACUACAGUGGAUAUCUUGCUAUGAUGAAGCAGGUAGACUUCCGGAGGGAGGGAGUGGUUACAACGAAGCUGACCGUAUAAAAAGUGCGUCGAAGCUUUUCCAUCUCGCCCAAGGUCGUAAUUUCGCUUUUCCUCACGCUGUUGAAAUGCUUAAUAGAGAUCCAAAGUGGAGGCCAAAGCUGAGAUGGUCCUUGUCAAAGGAGGAAAGAAAAGCUGUUCGUGAUGUUGAGGAGCAAGGUAGUGCUGGAAGUGGGAAGAGGUCCAGAGAUGAUGGAGGGGAUGAAACCCCUACGGAUGGUUUUUCAUCUGGAGGAAUACAACGACCCGAAGGUGUGAAGAAAGCAAAGGCCAAGCGUAAAGGGAAAGAAGUAGCUUCGGACAGUGGUUCGUCUGAGCUUAGCGAACGAAUGAAGGAAUUGGCAACGACCCAAUUUAGAAGAAGAUUUCGUAUGCAACGACCUUUGUUUUUACGUAUAAUGAACAAGGUCGUUGAAGGUGAUGUUUACUUCCAGCAGCGUAGGGAUGCAACUGGAAAGUUAGGCAUAUCACCUCUGCAAAAAUGUACAGCCGCGAUACGAAUGUUAGCCUAUGGCAUGGCUGCAGACGCUGUUGAUGAAUACGUUCGAAUCAGUCAGUCAACCGCUCGAGUUGCCCUACAACGUUUUUGUGCCGGGGUCAUUGACCAGUUCGGAACCGAGUACAUGCGAAACCCUACAACUGAUGAAUUGGCCCGGAUACUGCAUCAAAAUGAACUGCGUGGUUUUCCAGGCAUGAUAGGCAGCAUUGAUUGCAUGCAUUGGGAAUGGAAGAACUGUCCAACGGCUUGGAAAGCGCAGUACGCCGGUAGGAACAAGAAAGCAACGCUAAUAUUGGAAGCCGUUGCGGAUCAGGAUUUAUGGAUAUGGCAUUCCUUCUUUGGUAUUCCCGGAUCUUGUAAUGAUCUUAAUGUGUUGUACCGUUCACCAGUGUUCGAUGAGGUUCUGCAUGGUCGAGCUCCUCCGGUAAAUUUUACGGUUAACGGCCAUGAAUAUAACAUGGCUUAUUAUUUAGCCGACGGCAUUUAUCCGAAGUGGGCAACUUUUGUUCAGGGUAUCACAUUCCCUCAACUGGCCAAAGAUAAAAUGUUCGCUGACCACCAGGCUGCCGCUCGAAAGGACGUUGAAAGAGCUUUCGGUGUGUUGCAAGCUCGAUUUGCAAUAAUACGAAAACCGUCGCUGGCGUACGAUGAGGACAUACUGCGGGACAUAAUGAAAACAUGUAUCAUUAUGCACAACAUGAUUGUUGAAGAUGAGCGCCACAACUACACUCGAGCCGAAGUUCUAAGAGCCUUCUACGAAGAAGAUCAACAAGAAUCAACACCAGCAUCAACAUCUACAACGCCACCGUUUGAAUUCAACGUAGGCCGACCUACCAACUUUGAUUUCAACGCAUUUCUACAGCGAAAAGCUUCCCUCCGUGACAGAGAAAUUCAUCUAUCUCUGAAACGUGAUUUAGUCGAACAUAUUUGGCAACACUACGGGCCACGUAAUUAG